UGGGACGUAAACAAGGAUGGAAAUGAGGCUACAGCUGAUGAGGUGCGCAAACAAGGAGGUACGGCUCACGCGUAUCUGUGUGACGUCAGCAACACUGAUGACGUAAAGCGUGUUGCUGAGAGGGUGAGGAGGGACGUGGGAGACGUCACAAUACUGGUGAAUAACGCAGGAAUACUGCAUGGGUUAGACCUCCUCCAACUAACUGAUCAACAAAUAAGAAAGACUAUAGAGAUUAACACUAUGGCACAUUUUUGGACUGUGAGGGAAUUUCUACCAAAAAUGCUUGAAUUUGACCAUGGUCAUAUAGUGACUGUAUCAUCAAUGUCUGGGUUUUAUGGGGCGUCUUACUUAGUGGAUUACAGCACCUCAAAGUAUGCCGUCCGAGGUUUCACAGAGGCCUUGGCGGAGGAGAUCAGGAGAUUGGGGAAGACGCAGAUAAAAACAACGACAGUGUUCCCCAUGUUUGUGGACACAGGACUCGUAACAGGAAUUGAUCAGAGGUUUGAAAAACAAUUAACCCCACAGCAAGUGGCUAAAGCCACAGUCAGUGGAGUUCUGAGAAACAGAUUACACGUCUUUGUGCCUAGAAAAUGUGACUUCACUGCAAGAUUAAAAAUGUUCUUACCUACAAAAGUUAUUAAUUUACUCAUUGAUUUUGGAAACAGCAAAAUUCAGCUGCAAGAAAAAAAGUCAAAAUGACAUCACUAGCGGAGGUCGCAAUCAAGAUGAACGAAAAAUAACUGAGGGUAAAUGGAAGAUGAAAGCGAAUCUUUAAUGCGAUUUUUGUUAUCUGGAAUUGCCCAUUUACUUUUCAAUGUCAUGCUAGAUUCUUUACAUAUAACCUUUUAUUCUGAUUUUUUAAAGUAACUGCCCACUGAACUUAUUUAAUUGUUAUAUCGCUUCAUAUCUAAGACAUUAUGUAUUUUAAUUUACCUUCAUGAUCAACGAUCUCCUUUUGUACAAAUUAAUCCAAUUAGGAAAAAAGAAAAUUAAUUAUUUAAACGUGUUUUCGUAGACAAUCAAAGUCAUUUUAUAGUACAAGUUACAGCGCUUAUAUAACUAAAUUG